AUGAAGUUAACUCAUGGCUUACUAUUCGUCACUGUUUUAUUUGCAUGGUCCUUAGUUUUAUUCUAUAUUGCAACAAACGAAGUCAAAAUGUUUACUCCUACUAUGCAAACCGUUAUGUUUGAUGAACAAUAUUGUCUCGGCUACAACUUUUUAAGAUCUCAAAAAUCAUUUCGAGAAGACGGACUGGAACCGGUGACACUCACAACACAUGGCACAUCUGGAAUCAUCGAGGAGAUUGAGAAAAAAUCUUUGAGUUGGGAUGGCCCAAUUUCAUUUGCUUUAUUUAUUGACUAUCAUUCGAAAUUUGCACUGGAGUAUAUUGCGGAUGUUCAUAGGUGUAACCAGAAAUUUCAGGAGAAAGUCAGCGUGCAGAUUGCUUUUCGAAUUUCUCCUUAUCAAAUGUUUUGUCAACCGAUUCAAUAUCCUAAACCACUCAGAUCAUGUGAAGAUUUUAUUCGGAAUCGUAAUAAAAUUAUUAAAACCCUUUUAUCUAUCAAUUUUGCAGAGAAGAAAUAUCGAAGGCAAAUAGAUGCACCAUUUCAACUAUAUCCUUUCAAUAUUAUGAGAAAUCUAGCAAGAAAAGGAGCACAAUCUGAUUUGCAUUUGCUCAUGGACGCAGAUAUGAUAACGAGUGAUGGCUUCGCUACUAAAGUAAAGAAGAUUUCGAAUGAAAUGAUAGAUGGCAAGAAUAAGAAAGCAUUAGUCAUACGCCGUUUUGAAACAAAUGGAAAAGUUAUACCAAGAGACAACGAAAAAUUAAAAGCAGGAUUUGAUAACAACACAAUUUUCGAGUUUCAUCACAAAUUCUUUUUUGUUGGCCAUCGUAUCCCCGAUAUUCAGAAAUGGUUUAAUGUUUCAGGAAAAACUAAUAAAGUUUCGUCUUGGGAAAUCCCCUAUCUAGGCGCACAAUGGGAAACACCUGUGAUCAUCCAUCGAGACGAUGUGUAUAAUGCGGAUUACUUUCCGGCAAGGAUUCGAGAUGUUCAAUCACUAAUUUACAAACUAUGCCGUGCAAACUAUACAUUCAAUCUUCUUUCUCAUGUUUUUAGUGUGCAUGAAGGUGUCAAAGUAGAAGACACAAUGUACUCAAAGGUUGUUUCGGAGCAUUCCAGAAAGUACGGUAGAAAUAAAGCUUUCACUCGAUAUGUCAAGGAGAUGGAUGACUUGUAUCCUCAUACAACUAAGCGGUGUGGUCGAUUUCAGAUGUGA